AUGAAUAUUGAAAAAGUAGAAAUUAGUACUAACUGUGAAAGCAUACAGAAUAAAACAGAAACAAAAGCAACAACACCGCCGCCAAAACCGCCCAGACAUGGCAUAAAAAUCAGUGAUAUAUUGGCACCAGAGAGAAAGCUCAUUAAAUUUGCAUUUGAUAAAGAAGGCCUACUAAAUGAAGUAGAAAGCUUAGAACAGGAAGUCGAGAAGGCCAAGGAUGGGUCUACUUGUUAUUAUGAUCGGCUGUUUGGUUUAUUACAUACAAUAAUAUCUAAGCAUGUAACAAUAAAUAUAUCUCUACAUAUGAACAAUGAGCACAUUGAAAUAAUGAAGAGUAUAUCCAGCCGUAUUUUGGAAGAGAUGGUAAAGAGUCUGCAUUUUAGCAACAGCUCUCUAAUUUACAAGAAAAAUAAGCAGCAUCCAGUAAGCACAUCAGCGCUUAUGGAUAUUGUCAAAAGAAGCGUUGUUUCAUUUGCUGACUCUGAUCUGCUUAAUCGGGCCGAGCUAAGAGCGAAUGCAUGGUAUAAACAAAUGCUAAACUAUAAAAUACCAGAUUUUACAGCUUAUCUUACAUAUGUUAACAAAAUUCUUAAUGAAAAAAUGCUAGCCGAUGACAUUUUUAACUACACUCUAUACAGCGACAUAAAGGCCUUUGUAGAUGGGCUAGAGCUAAAUUCCAAUGGCCAUCUUCCAUUUAAAAGAACCUCUUCAAAUGAUAUACUAAACAAGUCUCUAUUUGGAGUAUACAAUAUUGAUAAAGCAGUUCAGAUUAUUAUGAAGAAUAGACAUAUUCUUAGAACAUACUUUAUCGACAAAAAUGUGCAGAAGGAAAAUCCACUGGAUGAUAGUGACAUUCAUUUAAUCGCCCUAUUCUUUUCGCAAUAUGAAGUGGCAAGGAAAGCCAUCUCCCACGCACACAGCUUUAUUGAUGUAAAUUCGCAGUACGUAGACAUAGACAACCUUACAUCCUCUUCUAAAAAAAACGAAAAGCGUGUAGUGUAUUUUAAUCCAAGAUCUGUAAACAGCAACAAUUGUGUUAGUAAGGAUGUAUUAAAGCAGGGAAUGAAGCAUAGGGCCUGGUCUGCAGAGUGUAUAAGCUACAUCCAAAAUAGAAUACUAAAAUUCAAAGAUCUUAUAAAUAAGAGCUAUGAUCCUAGCCAAGAUGCAAGUAAAUUAGCAGAAAAUUCUAGAAGAGUCCAUCUUGAUGCAAAUAGAUUUUCCAUGCCUAUUAUUUCUAGAUCAACUCCACAUACACAGGAAUUAAAUAUUGUUUGCAACGAAAGUAUGUGCAACCCCAGAGAUGCAAACACCAGUUCUUCACACAGAAGAAGCAUAUUAUAUAGAAUAUCUCACUCUAAGCCUGCUUCUAGAUGUACCCACGCAGCUGGUGUUGUAAUGGGCGCAUUAGGUGGAUUUUUUUUAAUCAGAGCAAGUUUUAAUGAGAUUAUUUAAUUUAUAC